AUGAUUCAGCCCGAGGCAUUGCACCAGCUGAUCUAUGAUCAUGUGUAUGUGAAGUAUGGGCACCAGCUGGCUUUUACGAUCAGAGCAUUGCUUAAUGCAAAGGAGCGAUGCAUGAGCAAACUUGUAGCCUCAGAGUCUGAGCCUUCUGCUCUGGAGCUCCUUGUAACAUAUGGUUUUACAGAAGGAGAUAGCGUGCACAUUAAGACAUUCACACAGUGUAACGAUGCUCUUCUGGUGACAGGUUCUUCUAUAGAGCCGACGGUCGAUGUGCUACAAACCCACCAGGACCCGCCAUUGCCCCAGGAAAUUAAUAUCACACAAAACAUCAUGGGAGAUCAAGCUAUCAGCAUGGUCGUGGAAGGCAAGAAACAACUGCGCGACACGUGUAUGACGUGUGAUGCUGGAGAUUUUGACCGGUGCUUAUCUAGUAGCAAGCACCAUCCGUCUGCAGACGUGGCUGUCUCCUCCACUGCAAAAGUCGUCCCUUCUGUGAAUGCAACAGAGCUAGUCCUGAUGUCAGACACUGCACAGGCACAAUCACCCACAGAAGAGUUUUACCCUAUCCCGGCCACUACCAUCCCAUGUGAGUUCAAGCCACUUAACGCUGUAUACCUUGCGUACCAUGACAUUGUCGCGACGGAAAACGUACUGCAGAACGGGAAGCUCGGUCCUACGCCAUUCUCCUACUUCUAUGACCGCACGCUGAAGGUAGAUAGCAACUGCGAAAGAGUGGGGUACACUAUGUACCCCGCGUGUAGCGACUACUGGGUAAAGCAUAGACACUCUGGAAAUGAUGCCCUGGGAAACGAGAGCACAGACGAAUACAGUCAACCAGACGAUCCCGGACGAAUUGUGUACACGUAUGAUUAUGACAACGACAACAUCCUUAAUUCCACUUUUGAGAUUGAGCUACAUUCCUUUGCCCAGGUCAUGCAGGAAAUGGGUUCCAAUCCCCUGGGAACCGAUGACCUUCUUCCAGUCGAGAAACCCGCCGUUGCUCUUGGCGAUCAGUACACCACUGUCACCCCAACCUCUCCACAGGCACAUGGUGACAACACGAUAGCCGAGGUGGAGUUUACUGCUGAUGAUGAGGGUGCCAUGGAUAACAGCACAGAUGAGCAGGCUCCAGGGUACGUCCCUGUCGGAGAUAACAUGGAUCCAGGCCUGAUUGACCAACAGGUACUCCAUAAUGCCGAAGCCCCGGGGUUAAACAGAGAGAAGGCUCCCGAACACAUGCCCGAGGCCGCAUUUAAAUCUCAUAUAGCAAAGAAGAUAGAGGAAACUGAGCGGGCCGUAACGCCUUAUGUGGUCCGCAAGCAAUCUGCGAUACGCCAUCGUGAUAAGGAUAGACAGUACAUAGUUACCGGGGACACCAUGCGGGCAGAUGUGCUCCAACAGAUCUACAAGGGAGAGACAAGAAACUCAAAGUUACUGGAUCUUGUAGGGUUUUAUAAUAUUCCUCUAUAUUAUGGUUUGUAUAGCGAGUUCAAGGGUCUCCAUGAAAUGCGCUUUAAGAAGGGCGCCGUGCUGGCUGGGAGGUACGAGAUUUAUAAGACAAUCUUCGAGGAUUCGGCCUUCAGUGUGACUCUGAAGGCUCGGGACUUAAAGGAAGGAAAAGAUGUCUGCUUAAAGGUCGUAAAUAAUGAGAAGGACACACUGGACCAGUGUCUCAAUGAGAUUCGCUUGCUCACAUAUAUUAAUAAGCAUGAUCCAACAGGGAAACAUUUUGUGCGCAUGACUGAUUACUUCUACUACGGCCAUCGUCUCAUAAUUAUAUUUGAGCUCCUAACCAGUAACCUCUUCUCGUACUACUCUGCGCGCGAGGCUGCCCUACCACGUACGCUCCUUAAUCCGCUUGCAACAAUCUUCACUAUGCCGAGGCUUCAGCAUAUUGCCCGCCAGAUUCUGGAGAGUUUGGACUUCCUUCAUAGGCUCAACAUCCUGCACCUUGAUCUCAAACAUGAAAACUUACUUCUGGUCAACGAAGACGACGACUCCUUCGAUAUUAGGCUUGUCGAUAUAGGGUCUUCGGCCUUCUUGUAUGACGAGUGUAGUACAUAUGUUCAAUCCAGGUCCUACCGCUGUCCUGAGGUCAUCCUCGGCUUGCCAUAUGACGGCCGUGCAGACGUGUGGUCGCUCGGUCCCAUCCUCACUGAGCUCAUCACUGGGAAGGUCAUGUUCCCGAUACCCCAAAAGGCAGAUGAGGAUCACAAGCCCUAUGCCUCUAUGCUGGCCAAGCUGAUUGGCAUCAUAGGUCCUAUCCCACGUGAUAUGAUUUUAGCUGGGCGUGAAUCACAUAAGCUCUUCACGAAGGAUCUGUUCCUCUUUGAAACGCGUGAGGCUAUUCUUGGAAACAGGGACAAGGCUGAGGGUCUUAGACAUGCAGAAAUAAAGGGAGAAGACUACGUUUAUGUGUUACCGAAAAAGACGACCAUUAAGGCUAUGCUCGGCUGGGAUUCCCAUCCAGAGUACUGCGACGACUUGUUCUUAGACUUUAUCGAGACGAUAAUGAGGAUUGAUCCUCGAAAGAGACCCACUGCUGCGGAAGCGCUAGAACAUCCGUGGCUCAAGCAUGUGUACUAG